AUGGCGGCUCAACAGUUCAUAGAAGCUGGUCCAGAGGCCGAGCGUGCGGAAGGCAACGGCGGCAACUCAGGUAAAGGGCGUCUGGAGGCCGGCUGCGCGGAAGGCUGCGCGGAAGGCAGCGGCGGCGACGACAACAGAGCUGGUCCAGAGGCCGGCCGUGCGGAAGGCAGCAGCGGCGACGACGACAGAGGCGGUCCGGAGGCCGGCCGCGCGGAAGGCAGCUGCGGCGACGCAGGCGAAGGAGACGACAGUGCUGGUCCGGAGGCUGCCCACGGCGGUAAUGACGCCCAGCCAGUGGCCUGGAAAGUGGCUGGUGAAGUCGAGGUAAGGCCGGCCAUGCUGGGUGUGGACGAGGAAGUGGUGAGUCAACCGCAGGACCAGACGAGGCUGAAGGCGCAGACGAGGCAGGACCAGGCGACGCUGAAAGCGCAGACGAGGCAGGCAAAGGCGACGCUGAAGGCAAAGGCGAAGCUGGACCAGGCGAAGGCGAAGCUGCAGGUGUGGACGAAGGCGAAGCUGACGCUGCAGAGGCUGGAGUGGACGAAGGCGAAGCUGCAGGCGAGGCUGAUGAGGCUGCUGCAGGCGAGGCUGAUGAGGCUGCUGCAGGCGGGGAUGAUGAGGCUGCUGCAGGCUGCUGCAGGCGGGGAUGAUGAGGCUGCUGCAGGCGGGGAUGAUGAGGCUGCUGCAGGCAGGGAUGAUGAGGCUGGACAAGGCGAGGGCGAAGACACGGAUGCUGGACCAGACGAGGGCGAAGACACGGAGGCUGGACCAGACGAGGGCGACGACACGGAGGCUAGACCAGACGAGGGCGACGACACGGAGGCUGGACCAGACGAAGGCGUAGACACGGAGGCUGGACCAGACGAGGGCGAAGACACGGAGGCUGGACCAGACGAGGGCGACGACAAGGAGGCUGGACCAGACGAGGGCGAAGACACGAAGGCUGGACCAGACGAGGAUGAAGGCGCUGCAGGCGACGGCAUGGAAGUCGGAGACGGUGGCGCUGCAGGCGACGGUGUGGAAGCCAGAGACGGUGGUGCUGCAGGCGACGGCGUGGAAGCCGGAGACGGUGGCGCCGGAGGCGACAACGUGGAAGCCGGAGGCGGUGGCGCUGCAGGCGAUGGCAUGGAAGCUGGAGACGGAGGCGCCGGAGGCGAAGCAGGCUGGACGGAUCCCUCGGACCCUCCAGCGGAGGCUAUCCCAAAGCCAGCAAGCAUGGAGUCCUCUGGCAGACAUGAAGGCAACUGGCGCUGCACUGAGCACUGGCUCUGCCCAGACAGUGCUGACAUGGUGUAG